AUGAGAAACUCUCAAAUCAAGGAAGCCAAGAAUAAGCUAGAUGGUAAGCAGCUCAAUUCUUCACAGCGCACUCUGGAUGAAGUAUUGGAUAAAGGGCAGGCAUUAAAUGCUGAAGAAAUCCUUGAAGUACUUGAUUCUGUUGAAGACAGUGCAGAAAUCAGCAAAGAAAGUGAAGUCAGCAAAGUAGUAAGUGAUGUUGAGGAAAAGAAAAAUGUAGCUCCAGCAGAGUCUUUUUUGUAGAUUUGACCGGUAGGUUAGACGAAUCGAUGUACUAUAACUAUUUAAAACAGGUAAAUACUAACUUGAGUGAAGGAACUAAAGUUUCAGAUGAUGGUAUUUACGUAUCAAAGUUGAGGAAUAUGUGUCUGGAAGAUUUUAUUUUGUGCAGGUCUGCCCUGUGUUCUCAGCGGCACUUGAAUAAAUGUAGAGAGUGCCCACAAUUAAUCAACGCUGCGAAGGAAAUCAUUGUUUCUGGAGUCUGCGAAAUCUCAAAACUUUACCGGAAACAUUUUUCGUCAACCUACCAGUCAUCCAAUGCUACACAACGUUUCAUGCAGUUACCUGUAGUCGUCUUUAAACUGUGCCAGAAGCCUGGCAUGCAGAAGUUGUAUGUCAUUGAAAAGAAUGACGGGAUUGACUAUCAGACACUGGCUAGUCUUGUUCACAAGUUUUCUUUGCAAACCUAAUUAGAUAAGACUGGAAUCGCAAAGGAAACUCUUCGUGACCUUUGCAGUUUAGCAUCGACUGAAAGCGACCGAAAGUUAAUAAAAUUUGCUGUUUGUGAGGCAAGUAGAUAUUCAAACACAAAAGCUAAGCAGCAUCUUAGAAUACAGCAACUCGCAAGUUUGAAGAACAACGUUCAAAGUGCUCUAGAACAAGCUACAGCCAUAAGAAGGGAGGUAACUGACCUUGCUACUGCUAGGGAAAUGUCAGCGUUACGGUGCCUUGGAUUGUAUGAUUGUAUGAGUGGAAGUGAGAGUGACUGUGAAAGUACAGCAUCAACAAAUCAGAACGAUUCUCAAAUUGAAUGGCUCAGUGAGGAUAGUGACGAUGAGUCUGACACAGCACCAGUGCAUAACCACGUGGACCCAGAUGAUGGUUUAAAUAAACAACCAAAAGACCUUCCUCCUACAAGUGAACAUUUGUUACUUAUGUUAUGA